UGAGCAUCGUUCAAUUGUUUUUAUAAAUUAAUUUAGUAAAACUUCAUAGUACUCCCUUUUUUUUUUACAGAAUCGUUUGCUUCACAAAAGAAAAAAAAACGCGUUUUGAUAAAUUAAUGGAUGACUAACACCUUUGAUGGUCAAUAUAUAUAAGCACGAUUUUGAGAGUUCAUGUAGUAUUUUUAAUUUUACAGAAUGAAUGAUUAACACCUUUGACGAUCAAUAUAUAUAGAAGCACGAUUUUAAGAAUUCAUGUAGUAUUUUUGAAUUUUUGUUUAGUUCGGUAUGGAAUAUAUACUACUAAAAGUUCGGUAAUAAAAUGGCACGAUGCAUUAAUGUUCAUGUAGUAUAUUUAAAGUUUUGUUUAAUUCAGUACGGAAUAUGCAGUACUACAAAGUUCAUGAAGGAAUAUGCAUGAGGGGUCAAUUUCAUGAUGAAAUAGACCAUUUUCAGUUAAAACACUCUAGUGUUCUCUCAUAUGGGUUCGUAAAAAUCAGAUGGGUAAUAUUAUGAAAGCACAAAAAUUGAGGGGCUUCUUUCUAAUUUAUGAAGUAUUAAUCGGUCGAGAUGACGUGGAGGAAGGAAGUAUGACGAGGCUUUGACUCGCGUUGCCGUAAAACAGAACAUUGCUUCCACCAGAAGUUGGCACCACGAUUCAGUCUUUGAUCUAUUCAAACUCGUUCAUCGAUUUCAGACAUCAAAAGACAACUUUAUUAGAUCCGAAGUUGCCUGAAUUCUGCGUUUGAGGUUGCUGAUUGUCCAAUAAUAUGGCUUCCUUCGAGAUGAAUGACCUUAAAAAGAUAGGGCUAGGCUUGACUGGAUUUGGUGUCUUCUUUACAUUCUUGGGAGUGAUAUUUGUGUUUGACAAGGGACUCAUCGCCAUGGGAAAUAUCCUCUUCUUGGCGGGUGUCACUCUAACCAUUGGGAUUCAACCAGCCAUCCAAUUCUUUACAAAACGGCGCAACUUUAAGGGAACUAUAUCGUUUGGUUUGGGUUUCUUGUUGGUUGUGUUUGGAUGGCCUAUUCUCGGUUUGCUUCUAGAAUCUUAUGGAUUCCUUGUGCUCUUCAGUGGUUUCUGGCCUACACUCGCUGUUUUCCUUCAAAGGAUACCUAUACUAGGGUGGCUUUUGCAGCAUCCAUACAUCAGAUCGUUGCUGGAUCGCUACCGUGGAAGGCGUGUUCCUGUCUAAUCCUCUCUUUUGAAGUACAUACCCUGUAAAUACCCUGUAAACUACUGUCUAUACGAUACGUAGGUACAUAUGCAUAUAACACUCUAGCAACUCAUCAUUAGUGCGUUGUAAAUGGUUCUUGUAAUUGGGUUUGUGAAUAAUAUUUACAUGUAGUCUAAUAUCUUUGGCUUUUCCUCUCUUCUUGUAAUUCUCUUACUAUUUUAAAAGCUUCUUCUAUUUUAGAGACUUGUAUAGUUUA